UGCAGGCGUCCGCAUGGCGCUCUGGGCGGGUCAUGGCAGGGGCCUGCGGUCGCCCCCGGGGCAAGCAGACCCGGAGCCCCAGAAAUCUCAGGGGGAGCCGAGGACGGGAAGCGAGGCGGGGGCUCCUCGUCCGGUCCAAAUCCGCCGCUUCUUGUCCUGCCUUUACCUGGUGGGCUUCUUGGAUUUGUUUGGUGUAAGCAUGGUUGUCCCUUUAUUGAGCCUUCAUGUCAAGUCUCUUGGAGCAAGUCCAACAGUUGCUGGAAUAGUAGGCUCCUCCUAUGGCAUUUUGCAACUCUUUUCUAGCACGAUGGUGGGCUGCUGGAGUGAUGUGGUGGGAAGACAGCCCUCCUUGCUGGCGUGCAUUCUCCUCAGCGCCCUGGGCUACCUUAUUCUUGGAGCAUCCACCAAUGUGUUCCUGUUCACCCUGGCUCGAGUCCCUGUGGGUAUUUUUAAACAUACUCUCUCCAUUUCAAGGGCUCUGCUUUCUGAUCUGGUUGCAGAGAAGGAACGGCCACUGGUAAUUGGACAUUUUAAUACAGCAUCCAGUGUGGGCUUCAUCUUAGGCCCCAUGGUUGGGGGGUAUCUCACUGAACUAGAUGGUGGAUUCUACCUAACAGCCUUCAUCUGCUUUUCUGUCUUCAUUCUCAAUGCCGGUCUGGUAUGGCUGUUUCCAUGGACUGCAGUAAAACUAGACAGCACAAAGAAUGGCCUGCAGGUAGGGAAACACAGUGGGUUUUGGGGACGGAGAGACCACCAAGUGCUGGGAGCGGACACCACGCGUGAGACCGCGGCGAGUGAGCACAACGCUCGGCUGCCCUGGGUGGAAGUGGUGUCCACGCUGCAGAGCAUGAAGAGCCUGAUCUUUUCUGAGAUGUGGGACAUACUUCUAGUGCGCUUGCUGAUGGCCGUGGCCGUCAUGCUUUACCACAGUAAUUUUGUCCUGGCCCUAGAGGAACGCUUUGGGGUGAGGCCCAAGACCACAGGCUACCUCAUCAGCUACAGCAGCGCCGUGGGCGCCCUCGCUGGCCCGGCCCUCGGGCCUGUCAUACAGCUGUACAGGCACCAAUCCCACACCCUCCUGCUGCACUCCAGCACGCUCACCUUCCUGCUGCUGCUGCUCUACUCCACGGCGCCCACCUUCAGCGCUGUCGUCUUCUGCUCUACCCUCCUUUCCUUCUCCACCGCCAUUGGCAGGACAUGCAUGACGGACCUGCAGCUGACUGUAGGGGGCACCCAGGCCAGCGGCACCCUCAUUGGUGUGGGACAGUCAGUGACAGCGAUGGGCCGGAUCAUUGCCCCCCUCCUCUCGGGAGUAGCCCAGGAGGUCAGCCCAUGUGGCCCUCCCGGUCUGGGGGCAGCGUUAGCGCUAGUGGCUGUUUGCGUAAUGUCACUAAACAAAUCUCGAUACAGUGGUGAUAGAAAUGUCAGAUUUAAAAGUGAAUAGAAAGGAUUUGGACUACGUGAGUGAACAAAAUGCCAAGUGAAUGAAUGAGGGACAGAGGCCAUGACAGAACGGGGGCUUUGCCAGGGUCAUGGUGAAGGAAAGCGACUUACUUCUGAGAGACUGUUUUGGUGGCAUCUAGUCAGACCCGGAUGGAGCAAAGUUAGGGUCGGGGAAGAGCUUUACCAAGGUGGAAGAUGUUAAAUACUUACUUACCUAAGUCUGUUCUUCGGAGCCAGUGCAGGUAAAUUUUUCAGGAGAGUUAUUGCUCCCCACUGCCAGGCGAGGGAAUAAUGGUGGGACAAACAGAACGUAAUACAUGCAAACAGGGAAGAGACCACAGGAUUUCACUAAUAAAUAAGAAAAAGGGCCAGAUUUCAUGUUAAACUCCAUUAGCUAAAAGGGAGAUUUUCUACUAUCAGAAUCUUAGAGGCGGAGAAGCUGCUUCAUUAAAACAAGCCUGUCACUUUUAAAGUACUAGCGAAGUUAGGAAUACUUGUUCUAGCUGGGGAACUGGUUAAAGCUCACAGGCUGAUUUCAUGAGCCUGGGUCAGGCCCAGAAACUUCCAGUGUUUAAUAAGCACAACAUGCAAUUUCUUAUUAGUAGGAAAAGAAUUAUUUUGAGAUAUAAUGCUCUUGAUUAAAAUAAAAGCCAGAGACUUGGUUGUUUUUAUGAAUAGCUAGCUGUUAGAAUGGUAUAUUAGUGUGUUACUCCUAUGAUGUAUGAUUACAGGAGAAAGCACUUUGUGGGGUCUGUUCCCUGCAUCCAUUGCCUCUGAAGCCACAUACCCUGCAGAGAGCUGAGCUUGUGUAUCUGACAGAUCUACCUGAGAUCAGGUUUGAAGAUCUGCUACUGGGAGGCCAGCACUCUACCAGCCUAGUGGCGACAGAAGCCAAAGCACAGAAAUACUUGAAGAGGAGCAGUUUAUGUAGAGUAGGUGUCCUGCCAUGUUGGAGGAACAUAACUCUUCAGCAUCUUGUGUUGAAAGUAAUUUCCUUUAUUUCUUUUUACUAUCACACCUGCAGGCAGAGCACUGUAGUGAUCUACAGGGAAGCAUUAUGCUUAAGCAGUAUGCCUUUUGUGAGGCCUAGAACAAGCUGCCAUUCCAGGGACCAGCUGAGAGGCCCAGAGUGAGCUGAGUACUAAGGCAGGCAUUUACUGACUGUGGGAAAGAUAUUAACUUCAAUAAACAUUGUUUCUGAACUUCCUCUCACCCUCACAUAGCCAGGCAAAGUUCUCUAAAUUAGUCCAUUAGGAUGGUAUUCCUGUUUUCUACCCAAUUCAAAAAUAAUUCCAAAUGAUAUCUUGAUGCAUUGUUUUGUUUUAACUCUAAUAUUUAUUAUGUAUUAAGUGGAAAACAUAGUUCUGUAGUUCUAGAAGUUGUGGGAGGUAAGCUCAAAUAUGGAUACUAAAGACUAAGUUGGAAGGCCAAAGAUUGUCCUUUUUCCUGCCCAACUAUAAAGAAAAUAAGAAGUCUCCAUUGUGUUGUAAUUGUGAACUUUUUAAGGUGCCAAGUGCUACUAAUGAGAAUGAACUAUGAUACAAAAUUAAUGAGUGUGCCAAACUGUGGAUAUUGGAUUCAAUAGACAAGAAAUGUAAUGAAUUAGAAUUUAAAAAAAAUUUCUCCAAAGACUAGCUUUUCUUUAUUCUCAGAAAAUAGGCCUGUUUCUUAGAAGCUUUCAAAGAUAGCCAUGUUUGAACUUUUAAAAAAUCAGAGCCUUAUUUUCAGAGUUAAAAUAAGUCUCUUAAGUUUAACGAGUUCAUAAUUAAUCUGACACGUUGAAAUCUGAAAACCAAAGAUUGAUUUUGUAGAGAAACAUCUUAGUAUUCUCCAUUAGUGAUUUCAGCUUUCCAUGUUUGUGAUUCUGUUGAGCUGACUCUUCCUUACAGCUGCUCAUAACCAGUCUGAUGUUGCUGCUCACUUGACUGAGGACACUGGUGUUAGCAUCCCCCCACCCUGCAGACACGCCAGCACCCCCAGCACCACCGCCCCCGCCCCUGCCCAGACCAUUUCACAGCUACCCUGCUGCUUUGCACAUCCAGUAAAGUUUGAAAACCACUGGUCUAUUUGUGCAAUUUAUGGAAUAUGAUCUCAGGGAAAUUAA